CGCGUCCGCUGGCAGCCGGCGGCUUAAAGGAGACGCGUGGAACGAUGGCGGCGGCCCCACGCGCAAGCGAGCGCGGCGGGCAGCCGCUCUCCGGGCGGCCACCGCUGCUGCUGUUGCUGCUGCUGCUGCUGGCGCCGCCUCCGGGGGCCCCGCCGGGCGCCGCCGCCUACUUCCCCGAGGAGCGCUGGAGCCCCGAGUCUCCGCUGCAGGCGCCGCGCGUGCUCAUCGCUCUGCUGGCGCGGAACGCGGCCCACGCGCUGCCCGCCACGCUGGGCGCCCUGGAGCGGCUGCGCCACCCGCGCGAGCGCACGGCGCUGUGGGUGGCCACGGACCACAACGUGGACAACACGUCGGCUGUUCUUCGAGAGUGGCUGGUGGCUGUGAAGAGCCUGUACCAUUCAGUGGAGUGGCGGCCUGCCGAAGAGCCCAGGUCCUACCCAGACGAGGAGGGCCCCAAGCACUGGUCCGAUGCCCGCUAUGAGCAUGUCAUGAAGCUUCGGCAGGCUGCCCUCAAGGCUGCGCGGGACAUGUGGGCCGACUACAUCCUGUUCGUGGACGCAGACAACCUCCUGGUGCACCCCGACACGCUGCGCCUGCUCAUCGCGGAGAACAAGACCGUGGUGGCUCCCAUGCUGGACUCGCGGGCAGCGUACUCCAACUUCUGGUGCGGGAUGACAUCCCAGGGCUACUACAAGCGCACGCCCGCCUACAUCCCCAUCCGCAAGCGGGAGCGCCGUGGCUGCUUCGCCGUGCCCAUGGUGCACUCGACCUUCCUGGUGGACCUGCGCAAGGCUGCGUCCCGGACCCUGGCCUUCUACCCCCCCCACCCUGACUACACAUGGGCCUUUGACGACAUCAUCGUCUUUGCCUUCUCCUGUAAGCAGGCAGAGGUGCAGAUGUACGUGUGCAACAAGGAGGUGUAUGGCUUCCUUCCCGUGCCUCUGCGGUCGCACAGCUCGCUACAGGAUGAGGCCGAGAGCUUCUUGCACGUCCAGCUGGAAGUGAUGGUGAAGCACCCGCCCGUGGAGACCUCGAGGUUCCUUGCGGCGCCCACCAGGACUCCUGACAAGAUGGGCUUCGAUGAGGUCUUCAUGAUCAACCUGAAGCGGCGCCAGGACCGGCGGGCCCGCAUGCUGCGAGCACUUCAGGAGCAGGAGAUUGAGGCCCGGCUGGUGGAGGCCGUGGACGGCACGGCCAUGAACAGCAGCCAGGUGGAGGCGCUGGGCAUCCAGAUGCUGCCAGGCUACCGGGACCCCUACCAUGGACGGCCGCUCACCAAGGGCGAGCUGGGCUGCUUCCUGAGCCAUUACCACGUCUGGACCGAGAUCGUGGAGCAGGGAUUGCAGAAGUCGCUGGUGUUUGAGGAUGACCUGCGUUUCGAGAUCUUCUUCAAGCGGCGCCUGAUGAACCUCAUGGGAGACGUGGAGAGAGAGGGGCUGGACUGGGACCUCAUCUACGUGGGCCGGAAGCGGAUGCAGGUGGAGCACCCCGAGAAGGCUGUACCCCGCGUGCGGAACCUAGUGGAGGCCGACUACUCAUACUGGACGCUGGCCUACGUCAUCUCUCUCCAAGGCGCCCGCAAACUGCUGGCUGCCAAGCCGCUGGCCAAGAUGCUGCCAGUAGACGAGUUCCUGCCAGUUAUGUUCGACAAGCACCCCAUGUCUGAGUACAAGGCCCACUUUUCCCCCCGCGACCUUCGUGCCUUCUCCGUGGAGCCACUGCUCAUCUACCCCACGCACUACACGGGGGAUGACGGCUACGUGAGUGACACAGAGACCUCAGUCGUGUGGAACAAUGAGCUGGUGAAGACAGACUGGGACCGCGCCAAGUCACAGAAGAUGCGGCAGCAGCAGGCGCUGAGCCGGGAGGCCAAGAACUCAGACGUGCUGCAGUCGCCACUGGACAGCGCUGCUCGCGACGAGCUCUGAGGCUUGCAGCGCCUGCCUGCGGCACAACAGGGUGUGCCCUGGCUCCUGGGGCUCCCUACCAGGGCUGCUCUGUCCUGCCUGCUGUCACCCAGCAGUCACUCGCUCCAGGUGCAUUUGUGCUCACGGGCGCCCACUGGAUGCAGGGCGCCGCGGCCUGGGCCAUGAGUGGUUUUCCCAGGAAUCGAUCGGAUCCUGAAGCAUUUAUCGAUUGGGUUAACAGCAUUGCGGAUGCAGAGUUAUAUGUAACAUCUACCAAGUAUUUAUUAAGUGCUGCUUGGGGGGCGCCAUCUUAGGCUCUGAGAAAUAUGAGAGAACACGCUUUCAUUUGCUUUCUGAAACUGAUCCAGCACCUUCUGUGUGCCCGGUGCUUAUGAUGGAGAAGUUCUUCAUACGUUCCGCUUGCCGAGUGCCCCCUUUGCCUUGGCAGCAGGGUGGGUGCACGUGUGGCGCUGUGCUCACUCAGUGUGUGCCAGGCCGGUUGAUGAGCGCAGCCCAAGCUCAGCCUGCACUGCCGCCCAGCGGUGCCCAGGUGACCAGCUGUCCCUGUGGGAAUGCAGGCCCACCCCAUCCGUGUGCCGGUGUCUGCCGAGCGUGGUGCUGAGCAGGGUGCGGAUGGGCAGCCUGUGCCUCCCCUCCCUCACAGAUGCCCCGGCCCUCCUCUCAGGGGUGGUCUCUGCCUCUUGGCAGCGUCCUGUCCUCAGCCUUCUGGGGCAGUGUGUGAGGCCUUGGGGGUGGCUACACCGGGCUGCGGCUCCAGCCUUACCUCCACUGGGUGCUGGGCCUGUCUGGGUGGGUGGUUGUGCCUUCCAGCAGAUUGAACGUCAGAGUGGGGAUGGUGGGAUGGCCAACGUGGGGACCUGCAUA